UCCUUGAAAAGCAUUCAGAUCGCAUCCGGAAAAGAAACAACACUGGGGAGAAGACCACAACAUAGAGAGAGGGAGAGAGAGAAACCUGUCGGCGGCGUAGAAAUCCUCUCGACGGCGGCCAUAUGGCGUUGCCAGGAGGAGGAGGAAGCAAAGCUUAGCUUAGCCAGCCAUGGCGGCAGAACAAAUCCCAACCGCACAAAAAUAAUGCGCGCCUUGGCAGCAGCAGUCUCAGUUCCACCACCUUCCCAUUUCCCUCCUUAUCCCCUCCGUCCCUUCUUCUCCCGCUCUCCCACCGUCGCCGGCUCUAACUUCUCGCUCCCUCUCCUCCCCAAAUCGACUCGCUCCCAGCUUUCUUCUCCUCCCAGGCCGCCGCGUUCUCGCCGACGGUCCACGCUUCUCCCGCGCCGUUCCGGCGGCGAUCCUGCUCCCCUCUACGAUUCCGGCGGCGGCGGCGAUUUCGACGAUGAUGAUGAGGACUUCUACUUGUUUGCAGGCGAUGAUUUGGAGGGUGAGACGGGGAGCGGAAUCACCAUCGAGGUACAGAAGCUGGGGAGCAACUCGAGGAGAAUUCGGUCCAAAAUCGGCAUAGAGGCGAGCCUGGACGCAAUUUGGAGCAUACUGACCGAUUACGAGAGGUUGUCCGACUUCAUCCCCGGCCUCGCCGUCAGCAAAUUGAUCGAGAAGAAGGACAAUUUCGCCAGGCUCUAUCAGAUUGGAGAGCAGAAGUUGCCAUUGGGAUUGAAAUUCAAUGCGAAAGCCGUUCUGGAUUGCUACGAGAAGGAAUUGGAGAGGUUAUCUGCGGGGAAGAAGCGAGAUAUUGAGUUCAAGAUGACUGAAGGUGACUUCCAGUUCUUCGAAGGGAAAUGGUCCAUUGAACAGGUCAAGAAACAGAGUCCAGAGAAAGAGCUGGAUUCAUCUCAAAGCCAAGAUUUCGAGACUACACUCUCGUACUUUGUCGAUAUCAAGCCGAAGCUCUGGUUGCCCGUUCACCUGAUUGAAGGCAGAAUCUGCAGGGAGAUCAAGAAGAACCUCACUUCCAUCAAGGAAGAAGCACAAAAAUUUACUCAAUAGUACACUGCAUUCGUAACAGUGACCGAUGUUGCUCCUGAAGCUUGACUAUGGGUUUUUGUUUUAAAAUUUAUUUCAGCGUAUGUCUCAUUCUACGGCAUUUGUAACUGUAUAUGCAAGAAUUUUAUAUAGGGAGUUCUUUUCAAAAAUUAAA